AUGCCAACAUAUCAUGCUUGUAACAUCACCGUUUGCCUGGGCUCUGUGCCCCUCGCUGAGACGACUACCAGCGAUGUCGUUCUCAGGAAGGGUGAGGUAGCGAAGCGGCAGAGCGAAACUGCCGAGAAGAAGCUGCUGCACAGCUCCUACUUGAGAGAGAAACGCGUGUUGUUCCCUGGCGAUCCGGACGGGUUUGAGCUCAAUUGGCUAGGUAACGCACCAUUUAUGCAGGUUGAGGCUGAUGACGGCUUCGCUCGGUCCCCAAGACCCAACGGCAGCCCUCUGCAAGACCGUAUAGCGCAAGCGCUCACUCUGCAUGUCAAGCUAUCUGACAAGGCUCUUCACUCUGGCUUCACCGGAAAGACACAUCUGAAGAUGGAGGUGCUCUUCAACGGUCAGCUCUCGGCAUGUUCUCUCAUUCACGCCAACGACAUACGUUCGGGGGCAAAGUCACUUCAUCAAGUCUUUUCCGGGUACAGAGUGGACUUUCUUGCUGAACGCCCGUGGGUCUUACUGCCACCCUUCACUACUGCAGAUGGCGGAGCGAGAAGAUUUCGCAGAACAAUUACACCAUUAGAACGUUUCAAUGAGAUCAGCACUUCGAUACUCAAAGAGGCUAAAGAGCGAGGCACGAAUAAAUCCGGAGACUCGCCACCGUCUGCUGUGUUCCUCAAUGCACUCGCCCAGAUGCAGGCGCCAGCUUGUAUCAUGGACAUGCAGAAGCCUGGUGGCAGAAAGUUCGGUGUUCUCGACGUAGUCAUCACAGCCGGAACAGGCAACAAACCCAUUACCGGUACGAGCUACCUGAAGAGCCCACAAAGGCUCAAGGAUCCUGACUACGUUGCAGCCAACGUAAGCCCAGACGGUGGACACACUGAUGCAGGAGGAAAUACCGAGACACAGAACGAACGUCCUACAAAGCGUCGAGCAGUUUCCCUGGCUGAAGAUCCAUCCGCUUGUCUGCAUCCAGGUGGGUUAAGCAGCCCACUCUCACACAUACCGGACUUCUUCAGCCACCCAGGAUCUGCACCGUUCGCGACACCAACGAUGCCGUCAUCACCAGCUUUCCCGACAUGCGAAUCACUGCCACCAACCGCUUUAUUCUCUGUUACUUCAAACUCUAGAACAAGUGCAUCACCAACAAAAGGCAUGGCCACAGUCGACUCAAAUGAACAUUGUUCUAGUGUGCUGAUCAGCCGAGUCGUAAUCAGCUUCAACAGCAGGCCGGUGGUCGAUCAUCGUUGUAAGGUCGCCCAUCACAUCAUCGUGAACCAUGGGCGUCCUCUUAAGGGAAAUGCUAGAGAUCAAGCAGAGUCACCUGAUCUCGAGUGUGGUAAACUAAAGACUAGGUCUCGCGCUCGACAAUGGCGUGGUCCACACAACAAAAUUAUUCAGACAAACUACCGAGCAACUUCUCCGAUCGAAGAGGGGAACAUCUCUAAUGGCGAACAAGGCUUGCCGAAGAGCACACCAGUACUGGCGCCAAGUUCCAUACAGACUCAUAUGCACGUGCCCUCUUUGCAGUCAGCUGCGACACAGCGCCGUGCUUACUCGCGAGAUGCAACCCCUGGUAUACAGGGUCCUAAAGCUGCCACAUUCCUUCUCGACGAUCCUGAAGAAGUUUUACGUGAAGCAGCGCGAACGAGGCGUUCCAAAUCACCAACCAAGCCAGCAGCGACUGUGUAUACCGCGCCUACCACGUCAGCAGCUCAAAUCGGCAAGGAAUGUCUGAGCGGCUCGUCCCCUUUGUCGAGCGUGCCUGGAUCUCCCUUACCCGAGAGUCCGAUCGAGGCGAGUAGUGGAGCAUUCGUGCCUCCUGGUCACAUCCCGCAGCUUGAUGGAUUGGCAGACAGUGCAUCGCCGGUAGACUUGUCACACAGACUGGCAGAAUCAUCAGCUGAAAAGGCCUCUCUUCCAACACCGCAGCUUCAGCGUUCCGGUCUUGCUGCUCUCCCGUCUGUAUUGGCAGUCCCGAAGAAGCGUAAGUUGACGCAGCAGUCGCCAACUAGAACGCCACGAGAUCCCGACCGCCUCAGCACUGUCAACAACCCGCCACUCAACGACGAUUGUGUCAUUGCAUUUGCAGAGAGUAGCAAAAGCGGUGCAGAAAAAAGAAUUCUGAGACAGGUCAAGGGCGAGAGGCAAGGGUUGUUCAAAGAGGAGUACGUGGUGCUUGCGGUGAGGUUCUUUGUCGCUGGAGGUUGA